AUGACGGCCAGGAAGGAGAGGGACAGGGGAGCCUCAGAGGCUCCAAGGAGGAAUCCUCAGAGGAAGCCGAAGGUGGAGCAGCUCUCUGAAGCAUCAUCGGUGAGGAAAGAGAAGCUGGGGACGCAUGUGGGGAAGAUGGAGCAAGAGACAGAAGUGAAGGUGAAAUCAACGGUGGUGGAUAUAGACAGUGUGAGAGAUAAUGAAGUCAAGGAUGAGAAUGUGGGGCUCCUGGAAGCAGCAGAGCAGGAUGACAGUCUGAAGCAUAAGAAGCUGGGAGUCUGUGAGUGGCUGCUGAUGGUCUUUGUCUUGGCUCUGGUUCUCCUCUUCUUCCCUCUUUCCAUCUGGUUCUGCGUCAAAGUAGUGAGGGAACACGAAAGAGCUGUGAUCUUCAGACUGGGUCACCUACUGCGUGGGAAACCCAGAGGACCAGGCCUUUUUUUCCAUCUCCCACUUCUCGACGUGUGUCACAAAGUUGACAUCCGACUGAAGAUGUUGAAGGUUCCUCCUCACGUGGUGGUGACAAAGGACUUGGUGAGGCCGGAGCUGAGCGCGGUGUGUUAUUACCAGAUAGAGAACGUGGCACUGUGCAGCUCAGCUGUAUCCAGUCUGACCGCAGUGCUGCAGAGUCUGGUCCAGGCUGCAGUCAGAGACGUUCUGGCCCAGCAAACAUUCAGCCACGUCCUGCUGCACAGGCGGAAGAUCGGGGAGCAGAUACAAGCGACGGUCGACUCCUUCGCUUGUCGCUGGGGCGUCAGGGUGGAGAGGGCAGACAUAGACGAGCUCAGUUUUCCUGCGGAGCUGCAGCAGAGCCUGGCUGCCGCUGCCGAGGCCAAGAGACAGCAGCAGAUCAAAGUGAAGGCAGCAGAAAGUGAGAUGGCUGCCUGGGAUGGAUUUCGGGCUUCCCUCCGUCACCUUCAACCUGCCUUGGUCCUGCCUUUCCCUCCGAGCCUCAACCCCGACGUGUCACCCCUACCUCCCCCUCCUCCCCCGUGCGUGGAGGGGGACGGCGGGGUGUCACCUGAGGAGCCAGACACAGACUCGCCAAUGAUGUGA